UUUUUUUGAGAAAAUUAGAAGAAGAUUAAGAAGAAAGAAAAAAAAAGAAAAAUCCUAUCCUAUAAAGGAUAUAGGAGUAAUCAUAAUCAUGGAUGUCAUUGACCCGAUGAGAGGUCGAGAGAGCCAAGCGCAGCGCAGGUGAGGAGGCGGAUGCUUCAAGCUUUCUCGGCUUGGUAGGUUGCUGUCACUCUGAGGCCCCGAGGCACUGCUAGCUGAAGCUGAAAGGUGAAAGGCGAACGAAGGAACCCUCUGUUCGGCGGCAGGAGGAGAACCACCGUUGAUCAGCAGCAGCCACAGCACCCAACCCGUCCCCAAGCAAGCUAGCAGCAACCAGGGCAGGCGACCGGGCAAGGGGGCAGGGCAGGCCGCGGCCGGCCACCCCGCCCGUCGCUGUCCGACCCGGCAUCAUCAGCAACUCGCCGAGUUGCAGGCCACAAGAGGGCUGCUCCAUCCAUGAGGCAACCAUGCUCGUGCUCAUCAACAGAUAUUUCAGGAGCAGGAACAGCAACAACAGCAGCAGCAACCCGGCGGGAGGUGGAGGCGGCGGCGACGAGAUGGCGCCGGCGGCAGCCUCGGCCUCGGCCUCAGCCUCCAACGUGCCUGCGGACCUUGACCACAUGUGCCUGCCGGGCUGCAUGCCCGUGGGCGGCGCCAAGCGGGCCGCCGCCUCGGCGGCGGCGGCGGCGGCGGCCACGGUCACCACCACCACCACGGCGAGGGCGUCGCGGCACAACUUCGUCAAGGCCGCGGCGUCGGGCCUGCUGGCCGGGGCGCACUUCACCAACCACGAGUCGCUGCCGCCGCUGCCGGACGCCUACGCCGAGUUCGCCGCGGCGUUCCCGCAGUACGCCCAGGGCGGCGCGCGCGCCGACGCCAUCCGGGGCGAGGAGUACCAGCACCUGGACCGCCACGUGUGCCUCGACUACACCGGCAUCAACCUCUUCUCGCACGCCCAGAUGAACUCCUCCCUGCCCUCCACCUCCUCCGCCGCGCCGCCUCCGCCGUCCUCGUCCGCCUCCGCGUGGCAGCCGCCCUUCUUCGACAUCGCGUACAAGUCCACGAGCCUGCGCACGCAGGUGCAGCAAUGCGGGGACGCCACCGUCGCGGCCAAGGCGGCGGGCGCGGGUAUCGGCGCCGCCGUCACCAGGCGCAUCAUGGCGUCGCUCAAGAUCCCCGACGACGAGUACGCCAUGGUGUGCACCGCCAACAGGACCACCGCGUUCCGCCUCCUCGCGGAGUCCUACUCGUUCCAGCCCGGGAAGCAGCUGCUCCCCGUGUACGACUACGACAGCGAGGCCGUGGCCGCCAUGGCCGACAGCGCGCGCCGCCGCGGCGCCGAGGUCACGUCCGCGAGCUUCGCCUGGCCGAGCAUGAGGAUCCACGGCACCGACCUCCGCAAGAGGCUGGCCAGGGGCCGUCGCUGCCGCGGCGGCGGCGGCGGAGGAGGACGCGGGCUCUUCGUCUUCCCGCUCGCCUCCCGCAUGACGGGCGCCCGGUACCCGUACCUGUGGAUGAGCGCGGCGCACGAGCAAGGGUGGCACGUCGCGCUGGACGCGUGCGCGCUCGGCACCAAGGACCUCGACACGUUCGGGCUCUCCCUCAUCCGCCCGGACUUCAUAGUCUGCAACUUCUUCAAGGUGUUCGGCGAGAACCCUUCCGGCUUCGCGGGGCUCUUCGUCAAGAAGUCCAGCCUCGCCGCGCUCGAGCGCUCCGUCAUCGCGCGCAGCAUCGGCAUCGUCAGCAUCGUGCCCGCCCGCCGCUGGUCGCUCCACGACGGCUACUCCACCGAGCUGGAGCACUCGCGGAGCUUCCCCAAGCUCGCCGCCGAACCGGCGGCCCUGGACGACGUCGACGUCGAGACCACCAGCUCCUUCUCCGGCCCGCUCAGCUCCACCGCCAUCACUCGCAGCAGGACCCUGCAGUCUGACGCGGCGGAGAACGGCGACGCCCAUGCCCCGGAGAUCCGCGAGGUCGACAGCAGCACGGCAGAGAACGGCGGCUUCGGCUUCUACUCGGAGGAACCCAGAGCAGAGAACGGACACGAAACAGAGGAGCAGCUGGCCGCCAAGGAGGAGGAGGAGGAGGAACACGGGAGCGUGAUGGAGGUGGAGUGCCGGGGACUGGACCACGCGGACGCGCUGGGGCUCAUCGCCAUCGGCAACCGGCUGCGCUGCAUCAGCAACUGGCUGGUGGUGGCCCUGCAGAAGCUGCGGCACCCGCACGCCGACAACGGCCACCAGCUGGUGAAGCUGUACGGCCCGCGCGUCAAGUUCGACCGGGGGCCCUCGCUGGCGUUCAACGUGUUCGACUGGAAAGGCGAGCGGGUGUCGCCGCUGCUGGUGCAGAAGCUCGCCGACCGCCACAGCAUCUCCCUCACCUGCGGCUUCCUGUGCAACAUCUGGUUCUCAGACAAGUACGAGGCCGAGAGGAGCGUUGUGCUGGAGCACAGGAUCGCCGGCGAUUCCGUUGCUGUGGGCGCCGGAGGGAAGAAGAGGAAGGACGCCGGUGGCGACGUGGGGAUCCUCGUGGUGAAUGCGUCGCUGGGGUUCCUGAGCAACUUUGAGGACGCGUACAGGCUGUGGGCGUUUGUGGCCAAGUUCCUGGACGCCGACUUCGUGGAGAAGGAGAGGUGGAGGUACACCGCGCUGAACCAGAAGACGGUCGAGGUGUAGACGACUCUAGGAGGAGGAGAGGAGAGGGCAGAUUGCAGCCGGUAGCUUCAGCUCAGCAUGGCAUAUUGGUACGGUUCAGUUCACUGUAAAAGCAGCAUUCUUUUGGGAUCAGCACGACCAUCCCUUCCGGUCAUUCUUUCAGUGUAAACUGUCAGGUGUAAAGUGUAAGCUUUGUUUCCCUAAUAAUGAUAUCAGGCCCUGUUUAGUUCGCAAAAAUUUUCAA